GAGCAGCCACUGUGUGUCCCGGCCAAAAUCUGUGUGAAAGCCUUCGUUGUUCUGUUGGAUUUUACCGGCGCUCGGACACAUGAAUGAGAAGCACACAGUGAUUUAGUUAAAACAGUUCAUGUCUUCUGGCAGAAGUCAAGGUAAACCAAAGACAGACCUUCAGACUAUGGGAAGAAUCUGCGUAGUGGUUUAUUUUUUAAGAAAAUAGAAAAUAGAUGUGAAGAUUAGAUCAAGGACGCCCCCAUGCUUCAGCAUCAUUUCCAGUCUCACCUGAAGAGGAAUUUGGCAAAUUACUGUGAUAUAAGGGAUGAAUGAGGGCCGCUCUGCUAUGCUCAGAAGGUGCCACCUUGCUCUGUCUAAGGCUGACACCCUCUGCUCUGCUCCUGUGAAAGCUGCUCACGCUGUGGACAAUGGCGGGGCCUCCCAGCCUGAGAGCGAUGCAGCGUUCCCCCUUUGUGAGAUCUCAGACCUGUUUGAGAGUGAGGAUGGCUCCCCUUCGACUCAGGACGCGAGUCAGACUUCAGCCCAGGAGCUGGUUCAACCAAGCCAGCCUGCAGACGGCAGGCAAAACCUGCGCAUGAAGUUCCAGGGUGCCUUCAAGAAGGGCAUCUCUAAUCCAAUGGACCUAUUGGAAUCUAGCAUAUACGAGUCAAAUGUUGUUCAAGGCCCAAAGAAAGCCCCCAUGGACUCGCUUUUUGACUAUGGCACCUACAGGAACACCAGCAACCAGAAGAAACGAAGGAAGAAGCUCCCAAGAGGUAAAACUGAAACGUCCUGUGAUGACGCACAAAGCCUGGAACCACCGAAAGUAAUGAAGAUAUUUAACCGCUCUCUCCUCUUUGACUGCGUGUCUCGUGGAGACACUGAGGCCCUUGAGGGUCUGUUGGAGUACCUGCAGAGCCACGAGAAGAGGUUAACAGAUGAGGACUUGAGAGAGCCAUCCACAGGUAAGACCUGUCUGCCCAAAGCCUUGUUGAACCUUUACGGAGGUCAGAAUGACACCAUCCCUGUGCUGGUGGAUAUCGCAGAGAAGACUGGAAACCUCCGAGAGUUUAUAAACACACCUUUCAGGGACGUCUAUUACAGAGGCCAGACAGCGCUUCACAUUGCUAUCGAGCGCCGUAGUAAGCAGUAUGUGGAGCUGCUGGUGGAGCAGGGAGCUGAUGUUCAUGCUCCUGCGAGGGGACGCUUUUUCCAGCCGAGAAAUGAGGGGGGCUACUUCUACUUUGGUGAGCUGCCUCUCUCCCUGGCUGCAUGCACUAACCAGCCUGACAUUGUGCACUACCUGACUGAGAAUCCACACAAAAAAGCCGACCUGCGACGCCAGGAUACACGUGGAAACACAGUGCUGCACGCCCUGGUGCACAUCGCAGACAACACCAAGGACAACACACGCUUCCUCACAAAGAUGUACGACCUGCUGCUCAUCAAGAGUGCCAAGUUGUACCCAGACUGCAGCCUGGAGACUGUGCUCAACAACGACGGCAUGUCACCUCUCAUGAUGGCCGCCAAGCUGGGCAAGAUAGGGGUUUUCCAGCACAUUAUCAGACGUGAGAUCAAAGAUGAGGAAGCUCGUCAUUUGUCACGGAAGUUCAAGGAUUGGGCUUACGGGCCCGUGUACUCGUCCCUCUAUGAUCUGUCAUCUCUGGAUACAUGUGGAGAGGAACCAUCGGUGCUGGAAAUCCUCGUUUACAACAGUCGCAAUGAGAAUCGCCAUGAGAUGCUGGCCGUGGAGCCCAUCAACGAGCUGCUGAGGGCUAAAUGGCAGAAGUUUGCUGCUGUCACUUUUUACAUCAGUGUGGUUUCCUACCUCAUCACCAUGAUCAUCUUCACUCUAGUGGCUUAUUACCACCCAACACAGGGAACACCUCCGCACACCUACACAACGUCCUCUGAUUACCUGCGUAUGGUGGGUGAGAUUAUCACCUUGGCAUCAGGAAUCUUCUUCUUCCUCACCAAUAUUAAGGACCUCUUCUUGAAGAAGUGCCCUGGGGUGAAGUCUUUAUUCAUUGAUGGAUCUUUUCAACUGCUGUACUUCAUCUACUCAGUUCUGAUUAUGGUCACUGCUGUUCUCUACCUGUCUGGCAUCGAGGCCUACGUGUCUGUGAUGGUGUUUGCACUCGUCCUGGGCUGGAUGAACACUCUUUACUUCACCAGAGGCCUGAAGCUCACUGGAACCUACAGCAUCAUGAUACAAAAGAUUCUAUUCAAAGACCUUUUCAGAUUUCUGCUGGUGUAUGUGCUCUUCAUGAUUGGAUAUGCAUCAGCCCUGGUGGCCCUGCUGAAAGUGUGUCCUCCACCAGGAUCAGACUGUGGUGGAGAUUGCCCAACCUACCCCAAGUGCAGGGACCCAGACACCUUCAGUAACUUCUUACUGGACCUUUUUAAGCUGACCAUUGGGAUGGGAGAACUGGACAUGAUCGACAGUGCACAGUAUCCUGCAGUCUUCCUCAUCCUGUUGGUUACCUACAUCAUCCUCACCUUUGUGCUUCUGCUCAACAUGUUGAUUGCCUUGAUGGGGGAGACGGUUGGACAGGUGUCCAAGCAAAGCAAGAAGAUCUGGAAGCUUCAGUGGGCGACGACCAUCUUGGACAUCGAGCGUUCUUUCCCAGUCUGCCUUCGAAAGUCUUUUCGAGCUGGGGAGAUGGUGACUGUGGGAAAGAACUGCGACGGCACACCUGACCGACGCUGGUGCUUCAGGGUGGAUGAAGUGAACUGGUGCCACUGGAAUCAGAACCUCGCGAUAAUAAACGAGGAUCCUGGAAAGAAUGAGACGUGCCAAGCCAACGGGUUGCAGCAGAGCGUCAGAGCCUUGAGGAGAGACCGCUGGUCUACAGUGGUCCCCCGGGCGGUGGAGUUAAGUAAAGGUCCGCGGAGUCGUGAUCUGGUGGUAGAGAUGGAGCCGCUGACGUCCAGGCACUGACAUUGUCCUUCUUAUGAUGAGGCAGCAGAGAGCAAUCAACAUCAGAAGGAUCACUCUGCAGGGGACUAUUUGGCCAAUUAUUGUACUGCAUUGCACAGACUUCAUGUACCUUUUGUUCAGAGAAAGUAUAAUAAAUAUUACAGUUAGACAGUCUGUGUUAAAGGACUAAGCACAUAGACACACACUGGAUGUAUGAUGAGAAUUUUAUUUUUAAAGUUACAGCUACAAAAUAUCCUAAAUACAGUUAAAAAAAAUAUGGACCCUGAGAAAGAAUGAAGAAACAGUAGGGCUGUAAUUUGGUCAUUUUUACAUGUCACCAAAGAAUAGAAACUAUUCUAUAACUCCAUAUUUCAGACAUCAGUGGCUGAUCACUCAGGGAUUUAAAAGAGUAAAAAAUAUUUUAGCAUUCCAAGGCGCAAUUAAGCCUUACAGAAAACAGAAUCAUUAGUUUUCUGUUUUCAAGAAGAACCUAAUUACUGUAUGAUUGCAUUUGCAGUUUUACCAAAAGCUUUUAUAGAAGCGCUAAUCACUGAUUUAGUAGCAAAGGGAGAAAUUUCUUAUAAAUAUUAUACAAUAUCAAUAUUCAUAGACCUGUAGAAAGAAAUCAGCUUUGAUUUGCUCGCUAAGGAUUAUUUAAAACCAUUAUUUAAAUGUUUAUGGCUUUCAGUGUAUAGAAAAAGAACAUUUGUAUUCUAUGAAGUAUUUUUAUUCUUGGUUUGUUUCUAUGUAUUAAUUAAUAGUCUCAAAACUUUAAAGGUGUCAGGCUUCGAUUGCCGGCUGAGGCAGCACAGCUUUCAUUUGAACUGAAACAAUGCACUAUGACAAUUUGUGAUGUGUGCAUUAUUAUACGAACACAAAGACAUUGUUCCGAACAAGAUGGGCAUGAUGAGCAGGUUAGAGUUGUCAAGCAAAUGUGCAAAUGCUAGACAAUAGCCUUCCGUGUUAUAGUUUGUCUUUGAAUUUCCACAGUUAUUGUUCCUUUGCAGCUGGGGUAUUUGCAUAAUCAACUCUCAGGCCUCCCCAUUAUGUGCCUUCCCCUAUUUGCUGCAUUGUUUUCAUUGCAAUUGGCUCUUUGCCCUAUAUAGCAUCUUGUUUAUGCACAACUACUGUAUGUAUGCAUGUAUCUAUGUUAUUGUGCUGCAUGACGGGGUUUGAUUUAGGGAAGAUAAACCCCACAGUUCAUCUUCAGUAUCACUCAUUACUGCUGAAGGUCACAGGCCAUUGUUCAAUAUGUUUACAUUGUUUUCAUAGAGACAAAUGUCUACAGAUUUUUAUAUUGUGUGUCUAUUGCUGCACAGAACAAUAAAGACUGAAAGCCAAACAGUCACUGCACGCAUUUGUAUAACAUUUGCUAUAAAAUCUUUUUUUAUGAGGAUGUUUUCAAAUCUGUUCUAAAUUGUUUCAUAGAUUUUAUUUAUCCAAAAAUAUUUUCUCUUUGACAAAAAGAAAAUGUUUUCAUUUAAUUAAAAUUAUAUGAAUUGGCCAUCAAGAGAUAAGGAAUCUUUUUGACGGAACAAGAAUGCCUCAUAUUAAAAAGUAAAACCUACUGUAUUUCGGAUUUACAAUUAAUAGUUUCUGUUUGUUUAUUUUUAAACUAAAGAAAGAAGGAAUAGAUUAAUAUUCAAAUCUGCUUUGUUUUAAUUUGUUUUGAACAAGAAGAUAGUAAGUUUACUAGGACAAACCUUUAUCUUUCUCCAUUUAUGUUCAUAGUAUCUCAUUACCAUCAAAAAUUCAUAUUCUUUCACUCUUUUGAAACCCAAAUUUUAUGUAACAAUAAAAAAACAUUUUUAUGGUGCUUUACUAAUUGGUGGCAAAACCGCCAUAUAAUCUUUCCCAGGUGGCUUUGAUGACAUCACAGGUGUAAAAAGAUUUUCAGCUUUGUUUUUUUUACAAAAGGUUCACUCAUUACUUUCCACAUUAAAGCUUAUCCUCAAAAACUCA